AGGUUUCUCCCAUCAUCGUUCUGCCGCAGCAGUGCACCCGCAGCAGCAGGUGCGUGAGGCACUGCGUCCCCACCCGCAACACCCCCACCGCCGCGAGAUGCAGCUGGCCCUCAUGCUCCUGGGCGGAGCGCUCCUGAGCGUCGCGGCCGUCACCAGGGUACACGCCGACGACGUCAUCAACACCGUGGAUAUGGACACCUACGAUGACGACCGGGCCAAGCGGCCGUUUUGCAACGCCUUCACAGGUGAGUGCAUGAGGGCCUUACUGCAGGGAUUCGUAAAUUAUUUGACAUGGUUGUUAUUGAUGUAAUUUUUUUGUUAACUUAUUACUUCAUUAACUUAAAAAAAUCGCACACUUUACAGGGUGCGGCAGGAAGCGCUCGGGGCCCGCGCCGCUGCCGGUCUCGCGGCCGCUGCGCUCCGACGAUCCGAUG